CAUAGGUAACACAUCCAGGAGAAGGUCCAGAGAAAACCCUGUAAGCAGCUUUCUGUCUGAUUUGUGAAGUUGGAAAAAUGAAGCAUACAAAUAAAAACAUCUUUGAGGACGUGCAUUUGAGGCUGGAAGACCUAAAACGUGAGCCUGACCUCCAAGACAACGGGUACCUUCACAAACCUGUGCCUCUAAUGCCGAUUCCGCUGGAGUUCCAAAUUACCAAAGUGAUUCAUGUCACUGGAAAAUGGGGAAUGAGGGGAAUCCUGGGUGAAUCUGGAUUCCGGCUCGGGGAGAACGCUGGAUAUGGAAACGGGACGCAGUUUCUCUGGUGGAGCCUGGCUGUGGAUGAUGCCGACCUCCUGCCAGCACAGCAUCGCUUUCUCAAGGCUUUUCUUCCGCAUAUCACUCCCGAAGAGGUGGAGAAUCACCCGGAAUUCCUCAGCCAGUUUACCACCUCGACUGCCUUCCAGCUGGGAUCCCGCUACGGCACCUUUAAGUUCACCUUCUCCCUGCAGGAGCUCUUGCAGAAGUUCAGCGAGCAGCUCUGUGAGGGCGAGAGCCCCGUGCAGAGGGUUUAUAAGACGGUGGUCUAUAAAAAGGAGAUCAUGCAUGUUGUGGUCAUUCACAGCCCUGACGUUCAUGACUUUGACGAGUGUCCCAUUCUCCAGGAUAAUGAGGAUGUUCCAUGUGCGCUGAGGGAUGGCUCCCUCUUGUGGCGUCCACGGGCAAUAACUGAUCCCUGUAGACGAAAACUAGUGAUGGAAGAAGAUGGUAGAAGUGUCAGGGUGGAGGAGCUGCCCGGUGGAGAUGAAAAAUAUUAUUUCAUGUGGGAGCACGGGGCUCUAGCGUUUCACAUCCCGCCAGGGCAGACGCUGCGUUUCGAGCGGGAUGAGCUGAUUAACAGCCUCAGUGCCUGUGAUAAAUUAACACCAGACCUGUGUUAUGAUGGGGUAACUUACGAAGAAGCAAAGACGAUCGUUGCUGAAUUGAAAGAGAAUUGAUAAUUUGUCAAUGCCUGUGUGUCGUUUGGGUGUUUGUGGAUGACAGAAUGGCACAGCAAAGACUGUGACACGAUCCAUCCUGUAAUGCCGAAAGAUACCCUUCAGUUCUUAUCCUACAUUUUGCAGAAUUACCACUCAAGAUUUCCUUUUGGUUUAUUUUAAUUGAUU